AUGAGCAGCUCGUUUUCUAUUGAAAUAUCAGAUGAUGCCGUUCCCCGGAGUGGGGAUUUAACCAGCGAUUCCAGCAGCACCAGUCAGGAGUUUGAUUUGACUCCUUCGGAGCCUUCUGCUCUUGUGCCUAGCCAGGCCUCUCAACCACCUGAAUGGCAGGCCGUUACUGAUCGAGGCGAAGAGGCAGGUACGCCCCCUGGCUUAACUCCCAGGACAGCUAAUUCGGCCUCAGUUGGUCACAGUGCUGAGCUUACUGUCUUUCCAGUGAAUCCUGCAACAUCUUCCCUGCAACGCGACCCUCAGCCUCAGCUUGAAUGGGCUCCCGAUGCUAGCUCAUCGCAGCUGGACGCGGAGUAUGCUCCGUCAUCUAAAGCGUCGCAUUACGGGAGGGAGGCCUUCGAGCCAAGGAACUCCGUCUGUUCCGUGAAGCAACAGGAGCAGCGGCAAGAGAAAAAACUGUGGAAUCCCUCAUCUUCCUCUCUAUCGGCUCCUGAGGGCAACCCAGUGAGCGGACAGUCCCCGGUACCGGCUGCUAAAGGCAGCUUCAGAGUAUCAGUCUCAACGGUGCCUCCCGGCAGGCAAUCGACGGGGGGUCAACCAUGCGAGGGGAUUUUGAAGAGGAGAACGGAGAAGUGGACCGAACAAAGUAUUAUGGGGGAAGACGUAAUUGGAUCUAGGGGCCGUCUUUGGCUCGCUCCUGGUUCGGUCUUGUGGCGGUUCUUUCUCUGUGUGCUGGCCCUAAGGAUCGGCAGCUCGCUGGCGCUGCUAGUGGUAGUGCUUACCACGCUCGGGCAGAUGGGACGGGCAGUAUCUUGCGUCGAUAUGUCCAACUGUGUGGGGGGUGGGGGCAUCAUGGCCUUCCCUAUUUUGUUGCGGGCACUUCCAAGCUUCGGUGCCGGGAUUGUGGCAUACGAGGCUAUCACGGGCUCCCUGGUUGCGGGGUUGGUGCUUGUGCUGGUGCCCAUGGCGGGCAACUGCUACUACACGUGUCAAGCCCUUCUUAAGGGUACACGGAAAGCAUAUCUCGAGGAAGUGCGGGUUACCACCUGCUGCGCUGUGUGGGUUAGUGCGUGUGUGGGGGUUUUCAUUCCCCCCGCCUUCUUUACGCAACAGUUCUGCAACACCUCGAGCUUUGAUGUGAACGCCGCCUUGAGAUCAGAUAGCUUCACCGUUGAGGCUGUCUCCAGUAACAUGUGCCGCCAGACGGGAAUGUCGCAGGCAUGCAUUGCAGUGGCCCUCCUGUGCGCUUGCAGCACCGCGUUACUGCAGUUUCAACGUUACUCGCGACUCUGGGCAACUCUCCUGGCACUGGGAUCGAUAAAGUUCAUGUUCGGAGGUUUCCUGCUUUGUUUCACAGUCAUGUUUGGCGGCCAAAGCAACCAGAUGAUGCUAGAGGUGAUGGACGACACAGGGGACGACGAGGGUCUCCAGGCUCCCAUGAUAAUUCAACAGGGGUUGUUCUUUGCUUCCUUAAAAUGGGGGGGCUUCAUCCUUGCGUUUGGCAAUAUGGCGUGCGGCGCGUUCACUGUAUGGAUGGCAUACCUACGCUCCAACCUUCUUUCCUGCACUAAUAUGGUGCUGAAUUUCGUAUUCUUCUUCGUAAAUGCAGUGUCCUUCUUCGCCAUGAUGUUCCAGUUCACCACGCUCCAGGUGGUUUGCAACUACUCCUUAUACCCGAUGACUCAGACAAGCAGAGCACUUGCGGAAGCUGCCUUCUUCUGCACCUUCAAGCCUCAAUUCAUGUUUGUUUGGCUCUUUGUGGCGUUGCUUGCCUUCCUUCAUCUGUUUAUACUUCUCGUCAGCGCCAUUCUUUUUCACAAGGAGUACUGCAGGCCAAUGCUUAGAACAGGGGUUCUCGUUGCUGCACCAAGCGUUGACUCGCUACCUCCUAAAUGGGGGGCUAUUAAGCGAUGA